UGUCAGUUUGUCACGUGACUGUGAGCUGGAGGAAAGACAUAAAAAAACAGAAAUGUCAUCUUUGUUCUCUGAAUGUUUGUGAAGCCGCUUUGCAGACGACUUCGUGUGUGUGACUAGCCUGAACUGACGCCACACCUGACAGUAGGUUGUAAGAGGAGUAUGCAGCUCAGUGCUCUUUGUUCAUAACAACACAAUCCACCUGCUGAUAAUGACUGUGCAGAUGGGGAUCCUGCUUUUGGCUCUGCUGGGCCUCGGCGCAGCGCUCGUCUGUCCUGAUGGAGGCAUGUGUCAGGAUAAAAACACCUGCUGCAUGAACAUCGUGGGAGGAUACGGAUGCUGCCCACUUCCUCAUGCUGAGUGUUGCUCAGAUCGCCUCCACUGCUGCUACAAGGACACAGUUUGUGAUCUCGUCCACUCCAAGUGCGUCAACAAGACCGUUUCUCUGCCCUUGAUCAGACGAGUUCCCACCAAACAGGCCCUGCUCGUCCCUCAGCUCGAGGAACGAGUAAAAGCAGUCAUGUGUCCGGACCAGCAGUCGGAGUGUCCGGAUGACACCACCUGCUGCCAGCUUCUGGACGGCUCCUGGGGCUGCUGUCCGUUAGUGAAGGCAGUGUGUUGUGAGGAUAAACUCCACUGUUGUCCCGAGGGAACAAAGUGUGACAUCGCUCACUCGAGGUGUUUGUCCGCCUCACUCGAGUCCUUCCCCAUGCUGCAGAAAAUGCCCGCCAGGAGGAGGGACAAUGCUACAGCCUCUGCGGUCACUUCAGUCACCUGUCCAGGUGGAAGAAGCAGCUGUCCUGAUCAAUACACCUGCUGCCUGUUGCUCAGUGGAGACUACGGCUGCUGCCCGUAUCCAGAGGCCAUAUGCUGCAGCGAUCACCUCCACUGUUGCCCUAGCAACACAGUAUGUGACCUUGAGGGUGGUGUCUGCAAGUCUGGCGAGGUGCAGCUUCCUCUGCUGAAGAAGAUCGCAGCUGUCCCUAAUGACGUCGAUUGUCCAGACAAGACAUCGGCGUGUCCGGACCAGACAUCAUGCUGUCGGAUGACAAGCGGCUCUUACGGCUGCUGUCCGAUGCCCGAUGCCGUCUGUUGUUCAGAUCACAUCCACUGUUGUCCUGCAGGAACAGAGUGUGACCUCGUCCACAGCGCCUGUAUGUCGCCCCAAAGAGAGACCACCGAGAUCGUCAAGAUCAACGCUGCAGAGACGAAGCUGAUCGCAGUACAGAGAAAUGAUAACUCUAAAGUCACUUCUGUUCCCUGCAACGACUCUGUGGCCUGUGCUGACGGGUUCACCUGCUGUAAAUCAUCAGCGGAGCAAUGGGCGUGCUGUCCACUUCCAAAGGCCGUGUGUUGUGACGACCACCUGCACUGCUGUCCUCACGGCACCCUCUGUAACCUGGCUGAAUCCACAUGCGACGAUCCCGUUGGCAGCACCGUGAUGCCCUGGCUUACAAAAGUUCCCGCCUUCCCUCUGCUGACUGAGAACAGCAGGUGUGAUAAAUCCACGUCGUGUCCGGGAAAAGCCACCUGCUGCAAGACGGCAGGCGGAGGCUGGGCGUGCUGUCCUCUGCCUCAGGCUGUGUGUUGUGAUGACCACGUCCACUGCUGCCCUCACGGUACCGUCUGCAAUCUGGCUGAAAGUUGUGACGACCCGUCGGGUUUCCUCCCGUCCCUCCCGAUGGUAGAGAAGGUGUCGGCCCUGAUCUCAGACGUCCAGGACGAGAAAUGUGACAAGCAGACAAUGUGUCCCGGAGGAACCACCUGCUGUAAGGGAGACUCUGCAUGGGCGUGCUGCCCCCUACCUCAGGCUGUGUGCUGCAGUGAUCGUGAGCACUGCUGCCCAAAAGGCUAUAGGUGUAAUGUAGCUGAACAGACGUGUGAUAAACCUGGAGCCCUCAGUCUGCCCUGGCUGCAGAAGAUCCCCGCUCUACAUACGGAGAACAGUCCGGCUGUUUCCGCUCCACCUCCUCCGGUCAGGAACAUGUGUGACGCCCAGACCAGCUGCCCGAAGGACACGACCUGCUGCUUCAUGGACAAGACGCAGAAGUGGGGCUGCUGUCCUCUGCCAAAUGCCGUCUGCUGUAAGGACGGGAACCACUGCUGCCCCAGCUCUCACACCUGUGAACCUCACCGCUCCUCCUGCUCAAAGGGCCCUCAUGUCAUCCCCUGGUUCACUAAACUGAGCGCUCUGACCGAGCCGUCCGCUGUCACAGACGUCAAAUGUGACGACAAGAGCAGCUGCGCUUCAGGAACGACCUGCUGUAAGCUGGAUUCAGGAGAGUGGGGCUGCUGCCCGCUGGUGAAGGCGGUUUGCUGUGCAGACCACCAGCACUGCUGUCCGCAGGGAUACACCUGCAACAUGCACACAGGAACGUGUGAGAAGAAGAGCAACGACGCCCUCAUCAGCACCCUCCGUCAGAGUGAAGUGGUACAGUCCGAGCCUGCGGUCACAGAGGACGACGCAGACGUACCAUGUGACACCAUGGGGGUGUAUCACUGCCCCGGGCGAGACACAUGCUGCAGGAUCUCAGACACAGAGUGGGCCUGCUGCCCCUCGCCCAAGGCUGUGUGCUGCUCGGACUCAAAGAACUGCUGUCCCGCAGGAUUCUCGUGUGACCUGAAGUCUCAGAGUUGCGCCCCGCACUCCCCGCUGACCUGGGACUCUUUGUUCGGGGACCGCAAGAAAGACUUUAACAGAGCUGGACUUUAACCCUGCGUUAGACGUUAGCUUUAACAUCAUCAACGUGGACACACACCACAUCGUCCCGUCUACACUCCUGACUUCGGUUUGGUCAUUAAUGGAAAUGAAUUUACAAAGUUUCUGCACUCGUGUUUAUUUUUUUUGGUUUGUAGGUGUUGAGGAAACCCGCAUUCAGGGGACUCCACAGCCUCUCUUUAGGUGAGCGCAGUGUGCAGGAUUCUUUAAUGUAUUUAUCAUGAUGACACUUACUCUCUGGAAAUCAAACAAUUACGCUAACCGUGCCAGGUGAGAUCUCCACCUGAAGAUUUGUUUUAUUCUGUUUUUCUUAUUGCCAAUGAAAUGUGAAAAAAAGACCAAAACUGACGAGCUAUGAGCCACCUUCUAACUUCUCGUCUUGUCUGUUAUGCUCAACUCUUAACCAGUAACUUUCUACUUGCGUUUAUCGAGUUCUUUCUGCCGUCGUGUGGUUCAUGGCCUCAUGGUAGCUAACCUCGCAUCCGUCUGAAACGAAGCGAUUUUAAAGUCAUUUUAGCAAAUUGUGAAAUUUGUCUCCAGGAAACAGAUUAAAGAGAUUUUAAAACACCUUUUUUAAUUUGCAGUUUUGUUAUUUUAAACGGCUUUGACAUGACUUUAAAAAGCUUCUUUUUGGGUGGUGCUGGUAGCCUGGUAGUUGGUGGGCAUGCUCCAUGUACAGAGGUGUUGAUUCUCCAAGAGGGCGGAACAGGUUCAGGUCACAACUGAACUGUUUCCACCUGUUUCCCUCUCUCUCUCUCUCUCUGAUUUCUGAUUCGAUCCUGUCUCUAAAUAAAGAUGUAAAAAAAAAAGGCCCAAAAAUUGUUCUUCUUUGCAGACAAACAGGAAGUUUAGUAGAUCUAGUAAGAAUCAGGGGCAGCAGACUUUGUGAUGCUUUGUGGGUUCUUGAUACUGAAGGAAAAUGGCGCCCAAUGUAGGGAUGUGGCUCUCUUCACUGAUGUGAGGCGCUUUACAUCAUGUACAGGACACAUCAGGUUCUGGAUGCAUACUAAACUAUUCUUUGUAGAAACAUUAAUUUCUAGUUUUGGUCUUUUCAUUGGAUUGUUUUGACAACAAGAAAAUGAACAAAAUAUCGACUUCUUUAUUUUCUGAGUAUCAAUCAUUUAAAGUGAGGGGGUUUUUCCCAGUGCGGUUGUAUUUCCCUGCGAUAAAAUAAUCAUACAUUUGCCUUUUUAUUGGAGGAAACGUCCGGUAUGAUAGCCUAAAUCUUGUUAGGCACAGUGUCCACCGAGCUGUUAUUUUCUGGGCGCUAGCGUCUUUUGUUCCAAUUGUUUUCAAAGAGUAGAGUUUGCAGCAGGAGGCAGCCGCCCGGAGAAAAAGUGCAGCACUCAGCGUCUUUUUUCUGAGCGCUUUGCCUUCUUUUGUGGAGCCGCUCUGAGCGCUUGAGUUGAAAAUCCAAAUGAUAUUCCACAUAUUAUUAACGGGGCCUAAGUUGUUUUGAAGUCAUUUCUCUCUUUGUGUCUCUGCGUGUUGAGGAAGCUGCUCUUCUCUUCUAAAGUGAAGUUGUUCUGGUUUUAUGAUGAAGUGUAAUGAUUCCUUAAGUUUGUCUGUGAUUUAUUUUAAGAGUUAUCAAAUUGAUAAACUGUGAAGGAAAACGUCAUGUGAAGCAGCGAUAUAGUGUUUUACAAUUUGGAUGCUUCAGUUUUUGUUUUUGUUUUUUAUCUGAUGAUUUUAUCUCAAUUAAAAACAUCUUCUCCAUCAUCGUGUUUAAUUCACUUUUAAAACAGAAUUGUGUCAUGAAAUAAACAAUGCUCACCAUC